UCGCGCUUCUGCUCCCAGGACUGCCAGGAGGACUUCCUGGUGCGCUCCAGCCAGGCCCACAUGAGGGCCCGCGUCCUGGCGACGGAGCGCGGCGUGUGCCAGCAGUGUGGCCUCGGAGCCCAGGAGCUGUACCAGCGUGUCCGGGACGCCCCCCCCGCCCGCCGGAAGGAGAUCCUGGAGAGCAGCGGCUUGGCACAGCUGCCCCUCCGCCAGCUGAACGAGAUCAUCCGUGACCCAGCGGAAGGGCAGUUUUGGCAGGUCGAUCACAUCAGGCCUGUGUACGGCGGAGGAGGACAGUGCUCCCUGGACAACCUGCAGACACUGUGCACGCUCUGUCACAGGAAGAGAACUGCACAGCAAGCCAAAGAGAGGAGCCAGAUGAAGAGAAGCAUGGCAGCAUCAAAACUUGCUUCAGAUAUAACCCGAUUUUUCAUUAAGAAAUAACAGGCUGUCUGGGGAAAGCGGGGCUCUCGUCUGUCAGAGCAGAAGGACGCAGCUCAGCCUGGUGCAGAGUGCCGAGAAACAGGACCCGGUUUACCUCUCGAGCAGGUUAAGCAGAUUCGGACCCUAAAGCAGGGACACCACGGUCCCUUACAGACCUUUCCGAUUGACUUGUUUUCUGACUGGAAUGAAAGAUGUGGUGUGUGCACCCAUGCUGUACCUUAGGAGGGACUAUAACAGCCUAAAGCUUAGAUGUUCAGAAGAUGCUCCGAUGCUUUUGUUGGGCACUUGCUUGAUUGCACUCCUGUCUCAUCAUCUCCUUCUUGCAGUUUUCUCCACUUGAUGUGCUCGGAAUGUUUGAUAGGUAAACGUACAUCCCUCUGGAAUAAUGUGCCAAAUUCCGUAAGCGGCUGUUGUCUGUGGAGUAAAACACUAACUGGUGAGCCCCCCAGCUUGUAAAUGAAAGAGUUAUCCCUUUAUCCGUUCUUACGCCUUGUACUGGAGUGGAACUAGAAGGUUCAAGAUUUAGUUGUUUUUAACAUGAAAAUGCAAAAAAAAAAAACUCUGGCAGCACCUAGCAAAUUUUAGUUCAACUUUAGUUUUGCAAAGUUAUUCUGAAAUAAGAAUUCCUUUUAACUGGUAGAUGAUGUUUACAAAAGUCUGAGCUUUGCUUGUCAAGAAGACAUUUCUGUAGUCAAAUAAAAGUCUGAAUCACUCAAUA